CAGAGGGGACCCUCUUCCCAGAAGUAGCCAGCCAGCCAGCCAGGCCCCCAGACAAGUCCCAGCAUGGAGAACCGGGACGAGUCCAGGAAGCUGAACGAGAGCUCCUCGCACCCCGACAACACCGAAGCCGUGGCCCCCGAGCAGGCUAAAGAGAGCAUGCAGAUGAAGAAGGAGAUCUCCCUGCUCAACGGAGUCAGCCUCAUCGUGGGCAACAUGAUUGGCUCGGGCAUCUUCGUGUCUCCCAAGGGCGUGCUCAUCUACAGCGCCUCCUACGGCCUGUCGCUGGUCAUCUGGGCCGUCGGUGGAAUAUUCUCAGUGGUCGGCGCUCUGUGUUACGCAGAGCUGGGCACCACCAUCACCAAGUCCGGGGCCAGCUAUGCCUAUAUCCUGGAGUCCUUUGGUCCAUUCAUUGCCUUUAUUCGCCUGUGGACAUCACUGCUCAUCAUUGAGCCCACCAGUCAGGCGGUCAUCGCCAUAACGUUCGCUAACUACCUGGUGCAGCCGCUCUUCCCCACGUGUGAGCCACCCUACUCAGCUUCGCGCCUCAUCGCAGCCGCCUGCAUAUGUUUGCUGACGUUCAUCAACUCGGCCUACGUGAAGUGGGGCACCAGGGUGCAGGAUGUCUUCACUUACGCCAAAGUUCUCGCCCUCAUCGUCAUCAUCAUCACAGGCGUAGUGAAACUAUGCCAAGGAUACACCGGGAACUUUGAGGCGUCAUUCCAGGGCUCUUCCACAGACCCAGGAGACAUUGCCUUGGCCCUGUACUCUGCCCUGUUCUCCUACUCGGGCUGGGACACACUCAACUUUGUUACUGAGGAGAUCAAGGACCCAGAGAGGAACCUGCCCCUGUCCAUUGCCAUCUCCAUGCCCAUCGUCACGAUCAUAUAUAUCAUGACUAACGUGGCUUACUACGCUGUGCUGGACAUGAGUGCCAUCCUCGCCAGUGACGCCGUGGCUGUGACGUUUGCGGACCACACUCUGGGAGUGAUGAGCUGGACCAUCCCCAUCGCUGUGGCUCUGUCCUGUUACGGAGGGCUAAACUCAUCUAUUAUCGCUGCAUCCAGGCUGUUCUUCGUGGGAGCUCGUGAAGGUCACCUCCCGGACGCCUUAUCAAUGAUUCAUGCGGAGAGGUAUACUCCUGUCCCUGCUCUGCUCUUCAACUGUGCCAUGGCCUUGGUUUACCUGACUGUAGAGGAUGUCUUCCAGCUGAUCAACUACUACAGCUUCAGCUACUGGUUCUUUAUGGGUCUGUCUAUCGCCGGGCAGAUCUACCUGCGCUGGAAGGAACCAGACAGACCCAGACCACUCAAGUUGACCCUGUUGUACCCCAUCAUCUUCUGUUGUUGCACUGUGUUCCUCGUGGCAGUGCCACUGUACAGUGACACCAUCAACUCUCUCAUUGGCAUCGCCAUUGCCCUCUCCGGAGUGCCGGUCUACUUCCUGGGCAUCCACCUGCCCGAGUCCAAACGGCCACCCUACAUUACCAAGUUACUACGUUCGUUCACACGCUUUACCCAGCUCACCUGUUUCUGUGUGCUCACCGAGAUGGACAUCAGUGAGUAAACCUCACUCCCAACCAUGACAUAAAGUUCUCACCAUGUUACCUACCACUCUUUGCAAUUCACAAACAGACACAUGGGACCAACUCAUGGAAAUUCACCUCUUUUGCAAAGACAAGGGAAUAUUUAAUAAUUUUACCUGAAUGUCUCACUACUAUGUUAGUCUGUAGUUUACAAGUUGGGACACUAUACACACGUUUUACACGCACAGACAGGUAUAGGGUGGUGACAGUGUGGGACUCCACUUACUUUUCACUGCCGCCAACCUGGUGCCUGAUGUUUCAUGUGAAGUUAAGCAUUUGGCAAGGACAGAUCCCAAGGAAAGCCAUGGUCAUCUGGCCAGUACUCUGGGACAUCCCCUCUCCUUAUGCCAUUAUCCUACUCAUAGUUUCACUUCUCCUGACAUGUCAUUGUCCCCUGCCUGGUGUAUGGGGUGAGAUCCACAUCAGAGCCUAUGGAGUUGGUCUCUCCUUUCUCAAGGGCUGGAGAUCCAUGUAAGAUGGCAGUACAUCUCUUAUCUCGUGAUGGAAUGACCUAGAGAGGUUGUUUUGAUGUCAAAGGGUAUAGGUAUGCACUUUUUAAUAUGCUGUCCCUGUCAAAUACAUAUACACAGUGUACAAAACAUUAGGAAUACCGGCUCUUUCCAUUACAUACUGUCCAGGUGAAAUCUAUGAUCCCUUAUUGAUGUCACCUG